UUUAAUGUACAGUUUGUUUACAUCUUGAAACAAUAUGACCCCUGCUAUUUUCAUUUACUUUGUUGCGAUUAUAGUUGAAGGAUGUAGAGCUCCGUCUUGCUUUAGCAAAAUUAAAUUUGAUCCAACCAAAUAAAUCUCAUCCCAAUGAGCUC